AACAAACAGCUGAUGAUAAAGAACAAGUUGAUACAGAACGCAUCCAGUGGAACCUACCACUACCUGCCAUCGAUGACCAGGAGUAUGAACAAACUUGUCCAGAUCAUCGACAAGGAGAUGAAAAACAUUGGGGCACAAAAAAUUAUCAUGCCCUGUCUGGCCCCGAAGAGAUUAUGGGAAAAGACAGAUAGGUGGAAGACCAUGGGUUCUGAAUUAUUCAAAGUGGUUGACAGAAAUGGAGCUGAACACUGUCUUUCUCCUACACACGAAGAAGCCGUGACCAGCAUUGUAGCCAGUGAUUCGCCCAUCUCUUAUAAAAGGCUGCCAAUCAAAUUGUAUCAAAUUGGCAAAAAGUUUCGAGACGAGAUGAGGCCAAAACAUGGAUUGCUGAGAGGGAGAGAGUUUGAUAUGAAAGAUCUGUACACAUUCGAUUGUACACUUGAGGAUGCACAGAGAACGUUUGAUGAGGUUUGCAGUGCAUACAGUAACAUAUUCACUUGGCUGGAUGUACCCUUUGUCACCGUGGAGGCAAGCACCGGGGCAAUGGGUGGAACAAAGUCGAGCGAAUUCCACCUACUCAGCGAGGUCGGGGAAGAUAUUCUCUACAGAUGUGAUUCCAAGGACGAUGGCGGUAAUAAAACUGUUAAUAACAAUGUGAGGUGCACUCAGAAUGGUUGCCCUGGUGUAAUGCAUAAACGUGCCGGGAUUGAGUUGGCUCACGCUUUUGUCCUGGACACCAAGUAUUCUAAUGCUUUCAAAGCCAAAUUUAUCGACGCCUCUGGCAAUAAAAGAUGCUUAGUAAUGGGUUGUUAUGGAAUUGGCGUUAGUAGAUUACUGGCGUCGACAAUUGAGAUGAAUUCAACGAAAGAUAAAUUGAGGUACUGCUCGUUGCUGGCUCCUUAUCAAAUCUGCAUCAUCCCACAAAAGGAAGGGUACAAGAGUGACGUCACGUGGGGCAUGAGCGAGUCCCUGUACGACAGACUGACGGACACCACAAACCUCCACGACGAGGUGGUCAUCGACGAUCGGCUGCACAUGUCCAUCGGCCAGCGUCUUAAUCAGGCAGUCGCUAGUGGCUACCCCUAUAUAGUGGCCCUUGGAAAGAAGGUGGCUAUUUUUCCUACCACAUUGGAGUAG